AUGGUCCAGGCUGGACAGAGCCGAGGAUCCCUUUCCAGCCCUGUGUAUUCUGUGAGACUCAUGGGCUUCCUUUCUGCUUUUGGGGAAAAACUCUGGUCUGGGAAGAGCAUCCCAUCCCUUGUAUCCUCCAUCGUUAUGCACGAUGUUGCUAACACUGCGUGGCAAAGAAUUUCCUACAGGACCGGUGUUUUCCUUCACAGCCUCUAUUGGAAGGACUUCCGAAUGGGAAACGGCUUCUCUGUGCUCUCCAGACUAAGAAAUCCAUACAGGCUGAUCUCAAGUCAGUACCUGAAACAGACAGCUAUAUUGGAGCGUAUUUGGGAGCAUAGUAGGUGGAAAUAUCACCUCAUUCACCUGCCAACACCGUCACAGGCUCUUCUUCACCACUGGAAAAAGAAGUCAAAAACAAUUCUCAUAAUGUCAGAUGCUCCAGACUGUGAACAACCUCCAGAAGAAAUUGCAGACAAGACAGAGACAAUUCCUAUCGUGGAGCUGGAGCCAAAGUCGGAUCUUCCCCUCCCUCCCCCUCCAGAGGAUGAAUGGAUCCCAAUUCCUAAUACCACCAAUGUGAAUGCUUCUUUUUCACGGUGUCUACAUGCAACUACUCCUGUGAUCCUGGGAGUUCUCAGCCUGCUCCUCUUGGGAUUGUGUGGAUUCUUUGGCUAUCAGUGUAAGUCUGAUCAACUGAGUAAAAAUAAGGCAUGAUUCUUUGUCAGGUUAUCAUAUUUAUUUAAACA